AUACGAGAAGUGGCUGCGAAAGCUGACAGAACCCGCUUCACUCCGUUCCACAACACUGAGGAAACUAUCGUUCGCAGGUACCACGAGAGAGAGAGAGAGAGUUGGCGCUCUCGCAGAGGAAUUAUUGUUAUUAUUCCGCAGCAGACGAUCGCCCGAGAAACACAGGACAAACAGAAGCGGGGAAAAUAAAGAGAAAGUCAGGAAGUGGAUUGUUCUUUGUGUGUGAGUGUGUGUGUUUGUGUGUUCGUCCGCAAGUAUUAAACUGGGACUCUAUGUGAUGGGAAUUGGACUUCGCUGCCCCCAUUUAGAGGCGAUUCUAAGGAUUCUCAUCUUCCUCGCUUUGUCUCGUUGCGCAGUUGGAGAUGGAAGGUUACAUAUGUUUACGCAGACGGAGAAGCAGAGGUACGAUGGAUGGUAUAAUAACCUCGCACACCCGGACUGGGGAUCUAUCGAUAGCCAGCUGACAAGAAAGGCCCCGCCAUCGUAUGCAGAUGGCGUGUAUCAGAUGGCCGGUAUGGAGAGACCCAGUGCCAGAGCUCUGUCUCAGGCCCUCAUGAAAGGCAAAGAUGGUCUCUCAUCGCUCAGGAACCUCACUGUUCUUUUCACAUUUUUCGGGCAAGUCGCAGCGUCCGAGAUACUGAUGGCCAGUGAAUCUGGAUGUCCCAUUGAAGUUCAUAAAAUUGAAGUUCCAGCUUGCGACGAUGCCUACGACAAGGAAUGCAAAGGGACCAAAAUGAUGCCCUUUCAUAGAGCACUCUAUGAUUCCAAGACUGGGCAGUCUCCAAAUAGUCCUCGAGAGCAGUUGAACCAGAUGACUAGCUGGAUCGAUGGGAGCUUUGUUUACAGUACCAGCGAGGCCUGGGUAAAUAGUAUGAGAACUUUUCAGAAUGGAACAUUCCGAACUGCCCCAGAUGGAAAGUUUCCUCCAAAGAACAGGGAGAGAGUACCUCUCAUCAAUUAUCCUCCAGCUAAAUAUUUGGGGAUGCUGAAUCCUGAGAGGAUGUAUCUUCUUGGUGAUCCUCGUAUCAAUCAGAACCCGGCCUUGUUGUCGUUCGGAAUUCUGUUUUACCGUUUCCACAACGUCAUGGCAGAGCGAAUCCAGGAGCAGCAUCCCGACUGGACAGAUGAGGACAUUUUCCAAAGAGCCAGACGAUGGGUCAUUGCCAGUCUGCAGAACAUCAUAUUAUAUGAAUACUUACCAGUGCUCUUAAUGGAGGAAAUCACACCGUAUAAAGGUUAUCAACCGGAUUUGCACCCAGGGGUUUGUCACGUGUUCCAAUCAGCUGCUUUCCGAUUUGGACACACCAUGAUUCCUCCAGGUCUUUACAGAAGGGAUGACCAAUGCAACUUUCGCAAAACCGUCACCGGAUAUCCUGCUGUCCGGCUAUGUUCGAGCUGGUGGGAUUCGGAAGAAAUUGUAUCCGGCAUCGAAGAGCUGCUGAUGGGCAUGGCGUCGCAGAUUGCAGAACGAGAGGACAAUGUCCUCUGUUCCGAUGUCAGAGAUAAGCUGUUUGGGCCCAUGGACUUUUCUCGCAGAGACCUGGCUGCCCUCAACAUCAUGCGUGGAAGGGACAACGGACUUCCUGAUUACAACACCGUUCGGAAAUAUUUUCAGUUACCUGAAAUACGGAAUUGGUCCCACAUUAAUCCAGAACUCUUCAAACAGAAUCCAGAAAUCUUCAAGGUCAUGAGUGAACUGUACGGUACCUUGGACGAUGUGGAUUUGUACAUCGGUGGUAUGCUGGAGACUGCUGUUGAAGGAAGGCCGGGAGAACUCUUCAGGAAAAUCAUCCGGCAGCAGUUUGAAAGGAUUCGAGACGCAGACAGAUUCUGGUUCGAGAACACUCAGAAUGGCAUUUUCGACGAGGAUGAAAUUGAAGCCAUUCGGAAGAUAAGACUUUGGGAUAUUUUGAUCAACACUACAGACAUACAUCCCGAUGCUAUCCAACGAAACGUCUUCACCUGGGAAGCCGGAAAUCCAUGUCCUCAGCCGCAACAACUUGUGAGUGCCAUUUUGGAGCCGUGUGUGAUGCUCAGUGGAUAUGAUUACUUCCAUGGAAAUGAAGUUACUUAUAUCUACUCGUGCAUAGUGCUAGCAUUCAUACCUAUCAUUUGUGCUGGCAUGGGUUAUGGAGUCAUAAAGCUUCAAAACAGCCGCCGUCGAAAAAUCAAGCUCAGGCAAGAGAUGAUUAUAGGAAAACAUUGUGAAAAAUUAGAUGUAAAAGAAUGGCUGCAUAACAAUCACAAGCGCUGUGUGAAGGUCAAAAUUGGUCCAGAUGACUCAAUAUCCACACUGAAUAGGAAAGGGGAAGUAUUACGAAGGGUUGAUUUCUCCUCUCAGACCAGCGUGGUAGUCGAAGUCACUGAAGACCUCAACAGGAAGCCUAUGGUCCUCGUGAGAUCCCCAAGAGAUCAUGAUUUGGUUCUGCAGUUCAGCAGCGAACCAUCCCGCAAAAAAUUCUUGAGCAAGUUUGAAUCAUUUCUCACGAGCCACAAGAAAAAUUUGGACAUUCUGCCUACUUACCGUGACGUCAUGUUAGCCAACGCAGAAACGAAGGAGAAGCGACAAAAACGACUCGAGCAUUUCUUCCGUGAGGCCUACGCUCUGACGUUUGGAUUACGACCAGGUGAAAAGCGACGACUUGAAGACGUAAGCAGUGACGUCAUUAUGGUAAUGAGGACAUCACUGUCGAAGAAAGAAUUUGCCGAAGCAUUGGGAAUGAGACCGGAAUCUCUAUUCGUCAAGCAAAUGUUCAACUGCGUUGACAAAGACAAAGAUGGACGAAUAAGCUUUCAAGAGUUUUUGGAUACAGUUGUCUUGUUUUCCAGAGGAAAAACGGAAGACAAACUCCGAAUCGUAUUUGACAUGUGCGACGACGAUGGCAAUGGAGUCAUAGACAAACAAGAGCUAACCAAAAUGCUUCGCUCAUUAGUAGACAUAGCGAAAACCAACUCCAUGGACGAAAUACAAGUCAUGGAUUUGAUUCACGGCAUGUUCGCAGCGUCAGGGCUACAAGACAAAGAGGAACUAAACUAUGAAGACUUUAAAGUGAUGAUGAGGGAGUACAAGGGAGACUUCAUCGCCAUUGGUUUAGAUUGCAAAGGCGCUAAGCAAAACUUUUUGGAUACGUCUACAAAUGUCGCCAGAAUGACCAGCUUUCAGAUCAGUCGUCCGCCGGAAGAUCCGCCAGGCUACUGGAAAAAGAAAUAUAACCAUUUGGCAACAUUUCUGGAAGAAUAUAGGCAACAUAUCUUUUACUUAUUCGUUUUCUAUGUCAUUACGUGCGUCCUCUUCCUAGAAAGAUUUGUUUUUUACUCGUAUUUCGCGGAGCACACAGAUUUGCGCCAUGUGAUGGGUCUGGGAAUUGCUGUGACACGAGGAUCUGCUGCGGCCCUUUCCUUCUGCUACUCUUUACUCUUGCUCACCAUGUGCAGGAAUCUGAUUACCAAGCUUCGAGAAUUGCCUGUGCAUCAGUACAUUCCUUUGGACUCUCAUGUGCAAUUCCAUAAAGUAGUGGCGCUCACUGCCCUUUUCUUUUCCAUGAUACACACAGUGGGACAUUGUAUAAAUUUUUAUCAUGUGUCUACGCAGCCCAUUGAUAACUUGAGGUGCCUAACGAAAGAAGUCCAUUUCGAUUCUGAUUUUAAACCAACAAUUUCAUAUUGGUUGUUCCAAACUGUCACAGGCGUGACAGGCAUACUUCUGUACGCCAUUGUGUGCAUCGUCUUCAUUUUUGCACAUCCAAGAAUUCGACAGAAAGCCUACAAGUAUUUCUGGUCAACUCAUAGUCUCUAUGUUCUUCUGUAUAUAUUGUGUCUCGUCCACGGAUUGGCAAAAAUCACUGGGACGCCCCGUUUCUGGAUCUUUUUUGUGGGGCCUGCUAUCAUUUUUGCCCUUGACAAAGUAGUUAGUCUACAGACGAAAUUUGUGGAGCUUGAUAUCCUUGAUACAGACCUUCUACCUUCAGAUGUCACCAAAGUGAAGUUUUCUCGUCCUCCUAACUUCAAGUACUUGUCAGGACAGUGGGUGCGACUGAGCUUCACGGCCUUGCUCCCGAACGAGUACCAUUCGCUGACGCUGACGUCAGCGCCGCACGAGAACUAUCUCUCAGUGCACGUCAAGGCCCAGGGUCCCUGGACCUGGAAGUUGAGGAACUUUUUCGACCCCAACAACAUGCAAAUCAACGAAGUGCCAAAGAUUCCACAGAAAGUUCGCUUAGAAGGUCCUUAUGGCGGAGGUAACCAGGACUGGUAUAAGUUCGAGGUGGCUGUCAUGAUAGGAGGAGGCAUAGGAGUCACUCCUUAUGCUUCUAUUCUCAAUGAUCUCGUCUUUGGCACCUCCACGAAUAGGUAUUCUGGAGUUGCCUGCAAGAAAGUUUAUUUCUUGUGGAUCUGUCCGUCACAUCGCCACUUCGAGUGGUUCAUCGACGUAUUAAGGGACGUGGAAAGAAAGGACGUCACCAACGUCCUAGAAGUCCACAUCUUCAUCACGCAGUUCUUCCACAAGUUUGACUUGAGGACCACGAUGCUCUACAUUUGUGAGAACCACUUCCAGAGGAUUUCCAACAAGAGCAUGUUUACAGGCCUCAGAGCAGUCAAUCAUUUCGGAAGGCCUGACAUGACGUCUUUCUUGAAGUUUGUACAACAUCAGCAUUCCUACGUCAGCAAAGUAGGAGUCUUCAGCUGCGGUCCCUCCGCACUGACCAAGAGCAUCAGUGCAGCUUGCGAAACAGUCAACAACCACAGGAAGUUGCCUUACUUCCUGCACCAUUUCGAAAACUUUUGAAUCAAAACGAAGCUGACGAUCAAGUUAGCUGUUCAGUGCCUUAGAUGUGAUCGUGUCGCCAAAUUUUACCAAAUGUCUCACUGCUGGAUUAUAUUAAAACAAAAAGAAAAAGAGCGCGAAGAUUCAAACGGUAGUCCACAUGGAUUGAACGCGUGUUCUUUUACUGUCCGUACCACAGUGAUAUGUGACUAUUGAAAAGCCAGAGAUUAUAACCAGUGCGUGUGUGUCCUAGACUGGAUGGAGGUUAGCGUGUGUGUGUGCGAGAUACUCUUUUGCUGCUACUGGUGAUACUUGAAGUUAAAUUUCUUCACACAGAAGAAAUAUUUGUUCCUCUAAGUAUUUUGAUUUGAACUUAUGUAGCGAAUAGGUCCAUCUUCGAAUUUAGUGUUGACUUUGUUAAAGUAAUACUUGUUAUUUAUUGCUGUAUUUAACUCGCUCCGUGACUUCAGUGUUUUUAUGAUUGAUAUGUAUAUGAACUAAGAGGAUUUUUCUGUUUGAAUUGUUUUACAAGUUUUGUAUCUUCGUGAGAGCUUCCGCCUCCGAUAUUCAAAGUUAAGAAACUUACGCAUCAUGAACUACGAGUCAAAUGUCUGACUUGCUCGUUUCUAUCGAAUUCUACCUGGAAAAAAAUGAUUUUAUGGAAAUGUACAAGUUGAAAAUAAAUAUAUUUCAAUUU